GGAGGAGCCUAUGUGACGUCACCGCACACCUCUCUUCCCGUGUCGUCACAUCCGGUCGUUCUCUUUCGGCGCCGCGAUCUUUUGGCGCCUCAUCUCUUUUUCCGCUGCGGCGGCUUCCGGUGCUGGCAGCACUGCUGACAUUGUGCCACUGGGGUGUUUCCACAUUUACCUGCUGGUCUGCUUUCUCUGACUACAGAAAUGGAUGACGGUACUCCCCAUGUAGACACAAUCGAUGUUUACAUCGAGCCUGACCCAGAGGAGGUAGAAGAGAAGAAGAAAAGGCAGGUGAAGAGACCCCGCAGGGACGAGCCUGCAGAUGAGGAGGGGGAAGAUGAUGAUGAAAGCGCUGAAGAUGAUGAUAAUGACAGUGACUACUCUCCCCCGACCCAUGGCAGGAAUCUGAGAAGACGCCGACAAUAUUAUUGCUCUGAGUGCGAGAAAUGCUACAAGCACAGCGCCGCUCUAGAAGCCCACCGCAAGAGCCACAAAGCUGGCGACAAGACCUUCAAGUGCGAUGUCUGCGAUGCCCGCUUCAGUCUAAAGUCUGACCUAACUGCUCACCGCACCAAGCAUGUCACCAAUAACCGCGUGGAGAGCCCUCACACCAGUAUGUCCCCGACUGAAAGCUCCAAUUCUAGUGGAAGCAGCAGCCCCCUCCUGGAAGGGAAACUUCACCCAUGCAAGUUCUGCGAGAAAAAGUUCAGGGACAAGUCCAUUCUGGAAGCCCACCAGAGGAUCCACACCGGGAAGCUUGCCUAUCCUUGUCCGGUGUGUGACGAAAGUUUCUCCAAGCCGGCUCUACUUGCGGCUCACAGCAACAUCCACCGAGAGGGAAAGCCCUUCCAUUGUGACCAGUGUGACAAGAAGUUCAACGACCAGUCUCUCCUGGUCGCCCACAAGAGAACCCACACUGGGGAGAAGCCUCAGAAAUGCAACCAUUGCAACAAAUGGUUCCCCAACCGCAGCAGCCUGGAGGCCCACGGAGAGUGUCAUCUGAAGCCCAAGCCGUACAAGUGCCGACACUGCGAUAAGAGCUUCAACGACAAGUCCUUGCUCAUCACUCACGAGGGAGUGCACACAGACACUAAGCCCUUCAAGUGCUCUCAGUGCAACGAGAGCUUCUUCCUGAAGACGCAGCUGGUGUCUCACCAGGCGGCACAUGCCCCCGACAAGCCCUUUCCAUGCAGCCAGUGCGACAGGAGCUUCAACAAAGAGGAGACAUUACAGGCUCAUAUCCGGGUCCACAACCUGCAGAGCGCGGAAAAGCCAAAGUCUCAUAAUUAGCUGUUUUUAAGAAUAGAAUUUACACUUCAAUGUUUGUUUUUAAAAUUUCAAGCUGACCCCCUUUACUGCUUCCAGCUGAGCCCCAGAUUGGCGUUCUCCAACGUUCUUUAUAUUAUGGCCACAUUGUCAUUCUCACAGCUAUCAAAAGGGAUGUUCCACGCCUAUAAGAUUACAUUGUGAAUAUAGUACAAAUGUAUAUAUCAUGCUCCAUAGAAGAAUGUUGGGGUAAGAUCGUCUGCCACAAUAAUCUGGAGACUUCUGCAUGCAAGCCAGCGCCAAAGUGCUGGACCUCCCUGCCGGAUGGAUGGGGGCGACAUGUGCGGCGGCUGCAUCUCUGAAGUGAUGGGGGUCCUGGGAUCACGUUUAGGAAAAGAACUAUACGCACGGGAUAGAUAGCCUUUACGUUGUCAGAUAUAUCAGUCUGCACAGUCCCUGUGCCUUGCUGGGUUUCUUCCCUUUUGUCUGUGGGCAUAGUUCUCUCGGACCAUCUGUCCUGGUGUACAUACCGCCUGAUUGCUACCAUGUUCAUUCUCCUUCCACCGCCUGCUCUGCAGCAGACCGAUGCGCCUCGCACUGCGCAUUGCACUGCUCAGAUGCUGGUGACCGUGGGCUCUGGUAAAAUACUAGUUGGUAAACUUAGCUCUUUUUUCUUAAGUUUUAAAUUUGUCUUUUCGGUCUGUAUAAAAUGAAAUGUUUUGUCCUGCAGUUUCAUCCUGUCGUAGUUUAAGCAGCCGUUACGUUGGAAAUACAGAGCUUUUUUCAUUUUGAAAUAAAGACGUGUAACAUUAACAAA